GGAUGGGCGGAGGUUCUGCGCCUGUAGCAAACUUUCAAUUUCGUUUUCUCGACGGUUGUGAGGAGAACAGCGCAGUUCUCGGCUCUACAGCUUCACCAACACUGGAACAGAUCAUUUUGGGUUUGAAAGCCAACUUAAGUCUAAAGUAAAGAUGCAAUCACCAGCUAUAUCGACUGAUGAGCCAAUGGACACUAGUGACACCUCGCUUAGCACCCCUGCUGUUAUUACACAACCCAGGAGUGUUGAAGAAGAAUUAAAAGGUCAGCUUGAGACCCCCGGACAGAUGCCUGUUUCAGAGGACCUUUACACAGCAGAAGCUACAGGGACAAAAUCUGAAGAAGCAGUAAAAAGUGAUGAUGCCCCAAAUCUCUUGACCAGUCCAGAUGCCCAGGACCUUUACACAGCAGUGGCAAUAACUAAAGAUGCAACAAAAAGUGAUGACACCCUAAAUCUCUCAGCCUGUCCAGAUGCCCAGGACAACAAUAGAUCUGCUGAUUCAGGGACAGCAGAUGGACCCAAACCCUCGGCUCCUCGGGACUCUGCAAAAGUUUAUAUCAGAGUAGAGUGGGCAGAGAAAACACCAGACAGAUGGAAAUCACAGCUGGAAAAAGCUCUUCAGACAUGGUGCAAUACAACACUGUUCGAGCAUGUGAAAGAGACCUGCACUGUUGUGAACCUUCAACUUCUGGAUGAUCUAUGUCGAGCAGUGGUGGAGAUAAGCCCAUCGAAAUUUUUGGGCAUUUUAAAGAUGCUACAAAAAGACACUUUAACAUUUAAGGACUUAAGAUGCAAUGCUACAGUGCACUUUUUGGAUGAAACAACGAUUUUCAAUGAACCACAGAAUUCAGGACCCACAGUGGAGGAGGAGAAGGUACUUGUCCCAGAGGUGGGAGGUAUAGGGCGUUUCAGUGCCUUCAUAGAGUUAAACAAAUUUUCCCUGGAUAUUCAAACAAAGCUCAAGAGGAGGUUUGGAAAUCCUCAGUUUGAAAACAGUUUGUCAUUUUCCGGACCUUUUGACACAGUUGAGAACUUCUACAGAGAGGUUUGCAGCAUUGUUAGAGGAUCAGAAACUGGGAUGGCUGCUGCUUCAGUGAGAAACAAUAUAGGUAGAGCUGAGAUCCCACAUCAUGCUGAGAGUAGUGGAGCUCCACCCACUCUUACUGUCCCCCUCUUUCAUUACUGGUACUUCAGCCGUGCUUUCAGAAAUGUGCUCAGCCAGUUUGAGAUGGACUUUGGUGUUAAAAUAAAUGCUGAGGUGUUGGUUUCAGUUACUUCUGGGGAUCAAACCAGAAGUGAUGAUGUGGCUCAGAAAUUUAUAGACCUUUAUCAGCAAAGCACACAUAACCUACAGGGUGUUGAUAUCCCUCAAACUCAACAGGAGUCUGAAAUUGUUAAAGAUGUGGUGCGUAAUGUUAAAGUAGACCAGACUAAGAUGGUGUUAGAUAUGUCAGCUGAUCAGUUCCUGCUGUUUGGACCAGCACAAAUUAUAUCAAGAGUUGAGAAGGAGAUGAAUCUGGAGUCCAGAACGGUGUUACCAAGAUCCCACAGCAAUGAUAUGACAAGUAAAAUGGAGACUGAUAUAUCAAGAAGCUGGACCUUGGGAAUGGAUAUCAAGGACACUCCAGGUCCAAUUGAGAUGAAUGAGAUAUACUGGGAACUGAUGAAGAAGAUUUCUCAGAAACAGAUUAAAGACAUUGAACAGAAAUAUGGAGUUGUGUUUUGUCCUGCACAUGCGCAGGGUUCCUUUAAGGUGGCAGUACAAUCAGUCAGUCAACAUGUCAAUCUUGAAAGCCAUGCCCUCAGAGCCUUCAUGCAUCUCUACCAGAAGGUUGCCACAUCAGCUGUCGUAUGUACAUUUAAGAACCCUGCUGAGGCGAAGACUGUAGACCAGGUGCUGGAAAGACUUGGCCGUCAAGACCUAUUUUUAGAUGUACAUGAGAAAAACAAUAUCCGAAAACUUGUUGGACUCCCAAAGCAUCUCGGCCCUGCCAUCGCUGAUAUAGAGAAGCUGGUUGGAAAGUCUGUAUUUCAGGACAAGACAAAGAAAUUACUUGGCUAUCCAGGAAAUUUGCCACAAUCAUGGGGGCUUAGCGGAGGACAACAGGGAGCAGGUGCAACAGAGUGGACACAUGGACCAUCUCUGAACAGUGGAGUGCAAGCUAACAAUGAGUCUUUCUCUGCUAAAGAGAAAGAAAAUGAUAAAAGCAAAGAUGAUAACUGUCCAAUCUGCAUGGACAAAUUUACUGACAAAACAAAACUGAAAUGUGGCCAUGAGUUCUGCAAAGAGUGUCUGAAAGCAGCAAUAAAGAGCUUAGGUGAAAUCUGCCCAGUGUGUAAGGACAUCUUCGGGACAUUGAUGGGAACCCAGCCUGAUGGAAAGAUGCAUGUUUCUAUACAGCAUUAUAGUCUGCCUGGUUACUCUAAAUGUGGCACAAUUGAAAUUAAUUACAUCAUACCAGACGGCAUUCAGACGGAGAGACAUCCAAACCCAGGACAGCAUUUCUUUGGAACAAGUCGCCGGGCUUUUCUGCCUGACAACAAUGAAGGAAGGUAUGUGCUGAAGCUACUGCAGAAAGCUUUUGAUCAGAAACUGAUCUUCACUGUCGGGACCUCUACAACCACUGGAGCACAAAACGUGGUCAUCUGGAACGACAUUCAUCAUAAGACGAGCAUGAGUGGUGGGCCACAAGGUUAUGGCUAUCCAGACCCUGACUACCUAAAGAGGGUGAAAGAGGAGCUGAAAGCAAAAGGCAUUGAGUGAAGAUUUAAAAUACAAAAGUACAUGUAACUCAUAUUCAUAUGUUUACCUUAUUUUCUAGAUAACAAAUGCCUAAUAAGAAGAGUCACUUAAUUUAGUCUUCUAUGUGGAUUUAAGAGAAUCUUAGGAAAAAUGUGUGGUUAUGUGAUAACUAUAUUUUCAACUCCAGAUAGUUGAUGAUUUUAUGAUUCAGUACAGUUAUUUUUAAAAGUGAAUGAGCGAGUACAGUUGUAUGUGAAAGUUUGGCACCCCAGGCCAAAUGACAUAUUUUGUUGAUUUUUGAAAUGAAGAGAAGUUACUACAACCUCUACAGUAAACUUAUUAAAAUUUUUAUUUUUCUGUAAAUAUUCAAUCCAUUCUGCCAUCUACCACCGAGCGAUGUUGAGCUACUGAUAGCCACUCAACAUCCAAGCAUAGUAGAUCCAGGGACGACAACACAAGUGUAGCUGUUUUAUUUACUAUGCAACCAGUGAACCUACUUGUGUCUUCUGAGUUUCAUAUGGAAUGUUGAUGAUGGGAAAAUAGUGGAAAAUCUUAAAUAAUACAUUUUCUUUGGGGUCUGUUUUGCUUCAUAAUGUCCUACUUGUACCCAUACUCUAUGAAUGGGUUUAGUCUAAAAGCUCAUCAUAAAGCCAUCAAAAAGCAAUUCUGAGAUUUUUCGCUUUAUGAAAAUGUGUCAAAAUCAAGUACAAGUGUUAUAAUUUUUUUUCUUUAAUUUAGGUGGCUAAUGUUAAAUUUUAGUACUCUGCACUUUUGUAAUUUUACACUCUGUAAGUUGUAAUGGUGACUGGAUACAAUGAAGACAAAUAAAACCAGAUUAUGCAUAAAACA